GCAACAUUAAUUGUUUAUCAAAAAAGAUGAAACAAGGUGUUGUACGACUUGGCCACAGAGGCGAUAUUGCACCAAGUCCACAGGACCAAAUUAAAUCAAGCCCAUUCACCCAAAUAAAUAAAUAAAUAAAUAAUUGUAAGUUCAGUUCAACCAAUUGAGAAAGCCGCCACGGACCCCGCCGAGAGAAUUGAUUCCUCUACUUUAUGAUCCAUUCCUACCCACUCAUAAAUCAUAAUGUGGCAUAAAAGGGGUACAUGGUCUUGUUCUUUCAGAUCCACGAAGGAUCAGAAAUUAAUCAGUAUGGGAUUGGCCUUUGCUCAUUGGCUUUCUCCUUUCAUCUUCCUGGCAACCUUAUUCAUCUUGCCAUUUGCUUUGCAUGCCGUCUCUGGGACAGGGACCUCCAGGUCCAUUUACAUCGUCCACAUGGACAAGUCCCUCAUGCCCAAGGCCUUUCCCAGCCACCACCACUGGUACUCCGCCACCAUUGAUUCCAUCAAGGUGGCCGGCACCGCAGCGCCGGCGGCAGGUGCAGAGGCUGACAAGCCUAAUCUUCUCUACACUUACGACAACGCCCUUCAUGGUUUUAGCGCAGUCCUAAGCCCAGAAGAACUGGAAAAUCUCAAGAAGAGUCCGGGAUUCAUCUCAGCUUAUCGCGACGCGGGGAAAAUCCUUCCCGACACGACACACACUCCGGAGUUCCUGUCUCUCAAUCCCGCCACCGGUCUUUGGCCAGCCUCCGACUACGGCAAGGACGUCAUUGUGGGGGUCGUCGACUCGGGGGUGUGGCCCGAGAGCAGGAGCUUCCACGACGCCGGCAUGACCCCGAUUCCGGCGAGGUGGAAGGGCAAAUGCGAAGAUGGAAAGGAGUUCAACUCCUCCAUGUGUAAUUUAAAGCUAAUAGGAGCUAGGUCCUUCAACAAGGGGCUUCUAGCUGAAACUCCCAGCCUUAAUAUCAGCAUGAACUCCGCUAGGGACACCGACGGCCAUGGAACCCACACGGCCUCCACGGUAGCCGGGAACUACGUGGAAGACGUGUCAUACUUUGGCUAUGCGAAGGGAACAGCAAGAGGAGUUUCCCCACGCGCGAAGCUGGCUGCGUACAAGGUCCUUUGGAAGGAGGGAAACUCCGACUCUGAUUUUCUCGCCGGCAUUGAUCAAGCCGUCGCUGACGGCGUCGAUGUGGUCUCCCUCUCCUUAGGCUACAGAUUACCCGUACCUUUGUAUGAGGAUUCAAUUGCCAUAGCUUCCUUCGGAGCCAUGACUAAGGGGGUGCUAGUUGUAUCCUCGGCGGGAAACAGAGGAUCAUCCGGCCUUGGGACCACAUCCAAAGGAAUCCCAUGGGCUCUGAUCGUCGCGGCUGGCUCCGUCGAUCGGGAAUUCGCCGGAACAAUAACUCUGGGAAAUGGAUUAACCGUCGUCGGAUGGACAAUGUUCCCCGCAAAUGUUCCCGUACAGGAAGCGCCGUUGGUGUACAACGCCACACUAUCCGGCUGCAACUCUACCGUCUUGUUAGAUGAAGCCGAUCCCGACGCUGUCAUCAUUUGCGACCAUGAUCAGUUCGUCUCUUCCCAGGUAAAUAUUAUUGCCGGAUCCAGAGUACGAGCAGCAAUAUUCAUCUACGACAUCUCAGAUGACCCCUCAUUUUAUGAAUUGGAUCGAUUUCCAGCUCCAGGAGUCGUGAUUACUCCGAGGGAUGCAGCGGCGGUAAUCCAAUAUGCCAAAAAUGGCUCGAAUCCUACGGUUAGCAUCAAGUUCAAGCAAACACGCUUGGGGACAAAACCUGCGCCCGUCGCCGCCGCCUACUCUUCGAGAGGCCCCGCCCCCGCCUUUCCUGGAAUCUUGAAACCGGACAUAAUGGCUCCGGGGACUCGAAUUCUGGCCGCCUGGAUACCAAACCAAAUUGCAGCCACGAUUGGGCCACAUGCAUAUUUAGAAAGUGAGUACAACAUGCUAUCAGGGACAUCCAUGGCUUGUCCCCACGCGGCGGGCGUGGCUGCGCUCUUAAAAGGGGCUCACCCGGAAUGGAGUCCGGCGGCGAUUCGCUCCGCCAUGAUGACUACAGCAAACCCAUUAGACAACACUUUCAACCCAAUUCAGGACAAUGACUUUAAUUCAAGCCUCGUUUCGCCUCUCGUCAUAGGAGCAGGUCACGUCGACCCAAAUCGAGCUCUUGAUCCAGGUCUAAUAUACGACGCCACUGCACAGGAUUACCUCAAUCUCCUCUGUUCUUCGAACUUUACCAGGGAGCAGAUCAUAACGAUUACCAGAUCGAACAUCAGUAACUGCUCCAACCUUUCAUAUGAUCUCAAUUACCCGUCAUUUAUGGCUUUGUACAAGCUGGGUUCGACCGCAACCCUGGUUAAGAGAUUUCAAAGGACGGUGACUAAUGUGGGAGUCGGAGCGGCGACUUACACGGCCCAGGUGGUGGCCCCGAGUAAUGCCACCGUCACGGUGUCCCCGAAGACUCUGGUUUUCAGCAAGAAGAAUGAGAAGCUGAGUUAUACACUGACUGUGAGGUAUGAGAGUGGAAUGAAUUCGUAUGGGACGAUUGUUUGGGUGGAAAAUGGGGGGGGAAACCACAGAGUGAGGAGCCCUAUUAUGGUGUCAUCGCCCUUUGAUUCCUCCAAUUCCUGAGUGGUUGGAGAACUUGCCAGCUAGCUAGCUGCUGAGAUCCCAACCCGAUCAGCCAUUAUUGCGUGCAGCAUUAAGUUCCUAUGUGUAUUUUUUUAGGGAGAGAGAGAGAGAGAGUAAUACAUUUCUAAAUAACGUAUUAAUAAUUCGACUUCUGUUUGGACUUCCAUAAGCGGAAAAUUGAAAUUUUAAAAUUA